AAGAUAAUGGCCCAUUAGCCGUUAUUUAGGCCCGUUAUCAUAUCACAAAACAAAACACGAAUCAUCUACGACGAAGACCUGAAAAAACACACUGCAAUUGAGAUCGAUUUCGACUGUAAGUGAACUUUGAUUGCCGCGAAGAUUACUCAAAUCGCCGGACACAAGUUUUUCAGUGAAUUCCAUUGGCAUAGAACUCGAGAGAAAGAGACACAGAGAGAGAGAGAGAUCUAACAAGAGUCAAAGUUUCUGACUUUUUCGCAUUCUUUUUGAGAUCGAGUUCUGUUUUUGUUGGCGUGUGAGAUGAAUUCUUAAGAAGGAAGAAGAAGAAGAAGGAAAGAUGCGUAGAGAGAUCUCGUUUUUGCUACAGCCCAGGUGUCUUCUUCUUCUCGUUGCCCUAACGAUUUUCCUCGUCUUCGCGCUCUUCAACACCGGAAAAGAUGAGGAGAAGCAAGUAAUUGAAGAUCAUGAAAUCACCAACAGGGUUUUUCUCGAUGUUGAUAUUGAUGGCCAACGCUUAGGCAGGAUUGUUAUCGGACUAUAUGGCACUGUUGUACCCAAAACUGUAGAAAAUUUCAGGGCUUUAUGCACAGGGGAGAAGGGUAAAACCUCAAGCGGAAAGCCUUUACAUUAUAAGGGAACACCAUUUCAUCGUAUAAUAUCUGGAUUUGUAAUCCAAGGAGGAGACAUUAUCCAUGGUGAUGGAAAAAGUAGUGACUCAAUCUAUGGUGGAACCUUUCCUGACGAAAAUUUCAAGAUACAGCAUUCACACGCAGGUAUGGUAGCAAUGGCUAAUACAGGACCGGAUUCUAAUGGCUCGCAGUUCUUUAUCACUACUGUUAAGGCUAGCUGGUAAGCUCUACUCUCAUAAUAACUCUCAUGCACAAUGAGUGUAAGAACUCCAAAUUUAAGGCAGGCACACUCAGUUUCACUUUUGGUCUUGGGAAAGUCAUGUAACUAUCCUCUGGGAUCGAACCUUGAUGCACCAUGGACAAGAUUAUGCAUUCGAAUUGUACUCUAGAAUAACACGUUGGAAGGAGAACAUGUGGUGUUGGGAAAGGUGAUACAAGGAAUGGACAAUGUAUUCGCCAUUGAAGGUGGAGCUGGAACUUACAGUGGCAAACCCAGGAAGAAAGUUGUGAUUGCUGAUUCUGGAGAGAUCCCUAAAGACAAAUGGGAUGAAGAGAGAUGACAAAGACAAACCUAAGAUACACAGCACUACGACAAAUCUGGUUCUGUUCCUGUGAGAUUCUGUCUCUGUAUUUUCUUUCUAUUUAUAGUUUUGCACAUGUGAUGAUCUGAAUUCUGAACGCAAUGUCACUGUAGUUAGUGUUUAAAGCUGGGCCUGGAAGCAUCUGUAGCUUUUCACUUGAGGUUUUUCUAGACUUUAUUUAUAUGAUUUUUAGUUCACUCUACUUCAGUUAUGUAGAUAUAUUUAUUAUGAGUUGAAUUAUUGUAUACAUUCUAUCAUUAUUUUCACCUCUUACGUAUGAUACAAUUCUGACAUACAUAAACAUCCAAAAGUAUCAAAACAAUUUGCCAACUAGUUCUUACUAUUCUUCUACUCGCUUUUCC